AUGGACACCCAACACCCAGCCCAGACUAGGGCUCUCGCGAUCCCCGAGAUCGUAAUAUCAAUCCUCCACCAAAUGGACAUGCACACCCUAAUCACCGCGCAGCGCGUCUGUCACGCCUGGGCAGACCCAAUCCGCAGAUUACGCUCGCUACAAGAAGCCUUAUUCUUUAUCCCAGCCAGCGAAAAAAGCGGGACAGACACACGAGUCUUCAACCCCAUGCUAGCACGAGCAUUCCACUCAGCGUUUCCAUCAGAAGACCUGCGAGGUGCUAGCAAUUCAAGCGACAACAUAGAGGAUGUCGGACUCAGUGAUUUCGAUCUCGCGAAAACCCCAGCUAAGAGAGAGAUGUAUCUCCGACCCGAAGCGAGCUGGCGCCGUAUGCUGACGCAACAACCGCCUGUCUUCACCGUCGGAUGGUUCCGUGAGGGGAGUGGGCCAAUGGGUAUUUCUUGGUACCAGUCAAGGGCAGCGCGGCAAGAUGAGGGACUUCGUAUGGGGACUUUGUUUGAAUGGCUUGUGAAUUUGGGACGCUAUAGGUGGAAUUCCGCGUCGGUUGCGAUUUGUCCGGGUGGAGCUGAGCCUCUGAAUACGCCGCUUGAGAUUGAGCGUCCGAAUGAGUAUGUCUUUACGGAUAAAAUUAAUGAGGAUUGGAGGGCUAUGGCUGCGGAUUUUGAUCUCGUGCUUAUGACGAGUUCUUCGGGCACGUGUGUGUAUCCUGAGGGGUCGGAUGAUCCUGAGUGGGUGAAGAGUAGCGAUGAGAUUGUUUGGGAGAAAAUUUGUGAGACUUAUUGCGAGUUAGGAUUGACUGUGGGGGAGUUGAAGAUGGAGGUUUAUAAUGAGGGAUGCGCGGGGUGGGAUUAG